AUGUCGGCAAUCACCAAGCGCGAGUUUGACGAACUUGCACAGCAUGGUGGUAACUACCUUGCAUGGGCAACUGAUGUGGAAAUCUGGCUCGAGGGUAAACAACUCUUGAGCCCGAUUGGCUUGGAUGGCAAAGGUGCCCCUGCUGCCACGUCGGCUGAGAAUGCCCAGGCUUUGCACUUCCUACGCCACCACCUCUGCGCCACACUCAAGGUUGAGUACAUGGCUGAGCGGAGUGCCUUAGCCUUAUGGACCACCCUCAAACGCCGGUUCGAAAGACUAAAGUACUCCACCCAGCCCCAGGCAGAGGCGGAAUGGGCCGUCACCGAUAGCCAGAAGAUUGAGAAGACUCUCUCAACCUUUCAUCCGGAUGCCGUGCAAUCCUCCUGGAGCUACCGGCAGGCGAACUACAAGGAAUAUUCUGAGCUGAUCGACAUCCUCCAAGUGGCUGAGGCGCAUGACGAGGUUCUCAAAAAGAACUUUGUCGUGCAACCACUGGGGGCUAGUGCGCGUCCAGAAGUGCAGGCCAACGCUUUCAAAAUCCGCAAGCCCCUCAAGAAGAAGAGGGGCAAGAAGGCAAGGAAGGACACGAAGGAGGCCAAGGUGCCCAAGGGGCCCCAAGUGUGUUUCAGGUGCGGCGGGAAGUCUCAUUAUUCCCGCGAAUGUCGCACAUCUCAGCACGUAGCGGAUGCUUAUAAGGCGAGAAAGGCACAUGGUGCCAACCUCACCAUCUACGGAGGGGGAGGAUCUGUGGCGCCCCAAGUGGCGCCGCCACAGAUGAUCCCUACACCGCCAUCCCUGGCAAUGUUACAGGCAUCCACUACUGACACCACCACACCGACGGAUGUUGAGCCCUCGGGGAAUCCACCAUCUGGUCUGGACUUGGGAGACGCUGCAACACUUUUCACCAUGGAUAACAUGACCGCAAACAAGAUUGCGCUUGAGGUCAAUGGUCUCAUGGAAGAGUCUACCUAG